AUGUUGGAGGAUGAGCCCCACGCCGAGGGGGCGGCGGGGGUCGCGGCGGCGGCCAGGGAGGCGCUGCAGGCGCUGUGCCAGGAGCUGAACCUGGACGAGGACAGCGCGGCCGAAGCGCUGGACCACUUCACGGCCAUCCGGGGUAACUACAGCCUGGAGGGAGAAGUUAGACACUGGUUAGCAUGCUCCUUGUAUGUCGCGUGCCGCAAAAGCGUUAUCCCCACAGUUGGAAAGGGUAUUAUGGAAGGAAACUGUGUUUCACUCACCAGAAUUCUACGUUCAGCUAAGUUAAGUUUAAUACAGUUUUUCAGUAAAAUGAAGAAGUGGAUGGACAUGUCAAAUCUGCCACAAGAAUUUCGUGAACGUGUAGAAAGGCUAGAGAGAAAUUUUGAAGUAUCUACUGUAAUUUUUAAGAAAUUUGAGCCAAUUUUUUUAGAUAUAUUUCAGAAUCCAUAUGAAGAGCUGCCCAAGUUGCCGCGAAGCAGGAAGCAGAGGCGAAUUCCUUGCAGUGUGAAGGAUCUCUUUAAUUUCUGUUGGACGCUCUUUGUUUAUACGAAGGGUAAUUUUCGAAUGAUUGGUGAUGACUUAGUUAACUCAUAUCAUCUACUGCUGUGCUGCUUGGAUCUGAUUUUUGCAAAUGCCAUUAUAUGCCCAAACAGACAAGACUUGCUGAAUCCCUCAUUUAAAGGCUUACCGCCUGAUUUCCACACUCCUGACUUCAGAGCUUCUGAAGAGCCUCCGUGCAUCAUCGCUGUGCUUUGUGAACUGCAUGAUGGCCUUCUGGUAGAAGCAAAAGGAAUAAAGGAACACUACUUCAAACCAUAUAUUUCAAAACUUUUUGACAAGAAGAUUUUAAAAGGUGAAUGCCUUCUGGACCUUUUCAGUUUUACUGAUAAUAGCAAAGCAGUGAAUAAGGAGUAUGAAGAGUAUGUUCUGACAGUUGGUGACUUUGAUGAGAGAAUCUUUUUGGGAGCAGAUGCAGAAGAGGAAAUUGGGACACCUCGAAAGUUCACCGGUGACCCCCCAUUUGGGAAACUAACAUCACAUGCCAAUGUGGAAUAUAACCUUCAACAGCACUUUGAAAAAAAAAGAUCAUUUGCACCUUCUACCCCGCUGACAGGACGGAGGUAUUUACAAGAAAAAGAAGCAGUCAUUACUCCUGUUGCUUCAGCCACUCAAAGUGUGAGCCGCUUACAGAGUAUUGUGGCUGGAUUGAAAAAUGCACCAAGUGAACAACUUAUAAAUAUUUUUGAGUCUUGUAUGCGGAAUCCUAUGGACAACAUUAUGAAAAUAGUGAAGGGAAUAGGGGAGGUUUUCUGUCAGCACUAUACUCAAUCAACAGAUAAACAGCCAGGAUCUCAUAUAGACUUUGCUGUAAACAGACUAAAGUUGGCAGAAAUUUUAUAUUAUAAAAUCUUAGAGACUAUAAUGGUUCAGGAAACACGAAGACUUAAUGGAAUGGACUUGUCAGUUCUUUUAGAGCAGGAUAUAUUUCAUCGCUCCCUGAUGGCUUGUUGUUUGGAAAUUGUGCUCUUUGCUUAUAGCUCAUCACGUACUUUUCCCUGGAUCAUUGAAGUUCUCAAUUUGCAACCAUUUUACUUUUAUAAGGUUAUUGAGGUGGUGAUCCGGUCAGAGGAGGGGCUCUCCAGAGAUAUGGUAAAACACCUGAACAGCAUCGAAGAACAGAUUUUGGAGAGUUUAGCUUGGAAUAAUAAUUCUGCAUUAUGGGAGGCUCUCCAGGCUUCUGCAAACAAAGUUCCUACCUGUGAAGAAGUUAUAUUUCCAAAUAACUUUGAAGUAGGAAAUGGAGGACAUGUACAGGGACAUCUUCCCAUGAUGCCAAUGUCUCCAAUAAUGCAUCCCAGGGUCAAGGAAGUUCGGACUGACAGUGGCAGUCUUCGAAGGGAUAUGCAACCAUUGUCUCCAAUUUCUGUCCAUGAACGAUAUAGCUCUCCUGCUGCAGGGAGUGCUAAGAGAAGACUUUUUGGAGAUGAACCCCCAAAGGAAAUACUUAUGGACAAGAUUAUGACAGAAGGAACAAAACUGAAAAUCGCUCCUUCUUCAUGCAUUACUGCUGAGAACAUAUCCGUUUCACCUGGGCAAGCUCUUCUAACAAUGGCCACAACCACAGUAACAGGAACAACAGGGCAGAAAGUUACAGUUCCCCUGCAUGGUGUUGCCAACGAUGCUGGAGAGAUAACACUGAUACCUAUUUCAGUGAAUACAACUCAGGAGUCCAAAGUUGAGAGUCCCAUAGCACUGACAGCCCAGUCAUUAAUUGGUACUUCUCCAAAACAGACAAAUCUCAGUAAAGCACAAGAGGUUCAUCUGACUGGAAUGAACAAACCAAAGAGGACUGGGUCCUUAGCACUAUUUUACAGAAAGGUGUAUCAUCUGGCAAGUGUACGCCUACGUGAUUUAUGUAUAAAAUUGGAUGUUUCAAGUGAGUUACGAAGGAAGAUAUGGACAUGUUUUGAGUUCACUUUAGUUCACUGCCCUGAUUUAAUGAGAGAUAGGCAUUUGGAUCAACUCCUUCUUUGUGCCUUUUACAUUAUGGCAAAGGUAACAAAAGAAGAAAGAACUUUUCAAGAAAUAAUGAAAAGCUAUAGGAAUCAGCCCCAAGCUAAUAGUCAUGUUUAUAGAAGUGUUCUGUUGAAAAAUAUUCCAAGAGACGUUGCGGCAUACAAUGGUGAUUUUGAAAUGACAGAUGCUGACUUAGAAGAUGCUACAAAGACACCUAACUGUUCCAGCGGACCAAUGAGACAGGAGCGAGGUGACCUUAUCAAAUUUUAUAAUACAAUAUAUGUAGGAAGAGUGAAGUCCUUUGCAUUGAAAUAUGACUUGUCACAUCAGGACUAUUUGGUGGACGCUCCGCCCCUCUCUCCUUUCCCACACAUUAAGCAGCAGCCUGGCUCCCCACGCCGCAUUUCCCAGCAGCACGCUGUCUAUGUCUCCCCACACAAGAGCGGGCCAGGCCUUACACCAAGGAGUGCUCUGUUGUACAAGUUCAGUGGCAGCCCUUCUAAGCGCAUCAUGAGUUCUCUAUUGGAGUUUACCUACGGAGUCCCCCAGAGCUACUAUCCACCACUAGAGGGCAGACUUCCAAAGAAGCAGAUCUUCGCAUUCACUUUUGCUCAUGAGUUUCUAGAAUCUGGAAGGAUGUAAAUAAGCCGUUCUUAAUUGAUUUUCAGGUGAUGCUAUCAAAUAUUUGUAUUUUAAACUGUUGGAGUUUGGGAUGUAGCUUAAUGAUAUUCUUGUCCAGCAUCUGUCAGGCCUUGGGUUUGAUCUCAGUACUGGUAAGCGGCAUAAUGUUUGCCUUACCUAAUUUUAGUUCGUUUGAAUUAGUCUUAAGAUCUGGCUGUCAAUGAGUUCUAAGUAUUAAUAUUUAACUUUGAAAAGGGAAGGGACUUUGGUUAUAUUUUACUUUUCUGAAAAUUGCAUCUUCAUUUUUGUAUAAUAUCUAUACAUGUUGUUAUAAGCCAAAUAAGAGUCUGUCUUGAAUCCUUGUAUAUAUUUUUCUGUAUCUAUAACUAUCAUAUCCAUUAUUAAUGUACAAAAUGUAAAUAUCUGUACACUGGCCAUGUAAGAAACUCCAGGCAUGUUUUGUGUCAAUUUUGGGGGGACUUGAUACCAAUGUACAUAAAAUGGUUAAUAAAAAUUAGAAUUUAAGGGGAUGGAGAGAUGGCUUAGAGGUUAAGGUGGUUGCCUGCAAAGCCAAAGGACCCAGGUUCAAUUUCCCAGAACCCAUGUGAUCCAGAUGCACAUGG